CUCCUUGACUGGCUGAGCUUGUUAGUGCUCACGCCCGUACCUGUACCUGUAACACCUGUCACACACAUUUGUCAGCAGGUGCACAGCGUAGGACACUACCACCACCCCACUUGGAGCCCGUCAGGAUAGUAAAGCAACACCAGGCGGCGCGAUAAGAAGCAGUGAAAAAGAAGCAGGCGGCGGAGAAACUCGGCAAGAAACAUGGCGAACGUGGCCGACAAAGCAUCUGUGUUGCGUACCACCAAAGUCAGGACCAAGCUGAAGGGCGAUGGCAGCUGGUUGAACCGCAACAGCGACACGGAAGAGACAACUGAAGAGAAGCCAUGGUUGGCAGAAAUAAGGGCCAGACGUGAAAAUGGAGAAUCAAGUCCGGUGUCUUCGCCCACUUCUUCUCCGCUCCCCAAGCCUGACAGUGAUAAACUACCCACUUCAGGAUUUAAGAUUAGGGGUGUUUUCAACAAAGUAGACACGUCUUCAACGUCCAAUGGCAUCAGCAGUGACACAUCGCACGUCACCAAAAUAUCCUCGGACAGCUACAAGAAGAUUGCGCCUCACACGGUGAAGCCCCCCGCUGAGAAAGCGGACAGCACGAUUAGCAGUGAGGAGCAGGAGAAACGCACGACGGCAGCCAGCAAAGCCCUGCCCAAAACUGCAGCCAGGGAGCGGUCUUACGUGCUCUCUGCCGCAAAGAAAUUCGAGUCUCAAGAACAAGCAGCUGACAUGUCCAUGGACAACGGCACUACAUCAUUUGUGGCUAAAAGAGUGAAAGUUACAGAAGAGGCUUCUUCAAAUCCACCGCCUCGCCGUUCUGCGCUCCUCUCCCCCGUUGCUCCGGUGCCAGAACCUAAACCACUAAACAGAGUCAGCGAUGGUGUCAAGAAAACCGUUGGUCAUGUCACUUUUAGUGAGACUACGAAGGUAGAGGAGGUGCACCCUGACAGAGAACAUACCUUUCCUCCGCCUCCUCCUCCAGUGUUAGCCCCGACAAAGGACCUGUUGAAAGACAGGACACCAGAUCUGGAUGAUUCGGGAGAUGAUGACACGUAUUCGUUGUCCGUGCAUGAACAAGUAAAAAAAUUUACAUCAAAAUCACAACCUGAACCUGAACCAGAGCCGGAACAUUUUCAGAACUCAAGCUCCAGAGUUGAAGCGCUCGCCGCCAUGUACGAAAAUCUCAUUCCAUCUGAAACGGAAACGAGCAGCUUGAAGGGUGGCGAGUGGGUGAUGGCAGGAAAAGAGAAGGACCAAGAGGAUGAUGACUCAGAAGAAGACGGAGAUGGACAGGAACCAACUGCAGGACUCAGCAACCAUAAAGCAACAACAGAGAAUCUCCGGGAUCUCUUUUCUGGCAAGGAGAAGGACCCCCUGAGCUCCCAUGUGACCACCACAGUGACUGAGUACAGCAAAAAGAAGGACCCCCUGAGCUCCCAUGUGACCAGCACCGUAACCGAGUACAGCAAGGAGAAGGAUCCCCUGAGCUCCUAUGGGACCACCACAGUAACUGAGUACAGUCGAGAAGAUCCUGCCCUGCCUGCUCCCCCAAGUCCUAAACCUUGGAGUAAAGAAGUGACAUUCGAAAGCAAAGAGAAGGACCCCCUGAGCUCCCAUGUGACCACCACAGUAACUGAGUACAGUCGAGAAGAUCGUGCACUGCCUGCUCCCCCCAGUCCGGGACGUUUGAGUCAGGAUCUGCUCACUGAAAUAGAAAGUCGAGAAGAUCGUACACUGCCUGUUCCCCCCAGUCCUAAACAAUGGCAGCAGGAUUUGCUCACUGAAAUAGAAAGUCGAGAGGAUCGUACCCUGCCUGUUCCCACCAGUCCUAAACAAUGGCAGCAGGAUCUGCUCACUGAAAUAGAAAGCCGAGAAGAUCGUACACUGCCUGUUCCCACCAGUCCUAAACAAUGGCAGCAGGAUUUGCUCACUGAAAUAGAAAGUCGAGAAGAUCGUACACUCCCUGUUCCCCCCAGUCCUAAACAAAGGCAGCAGGAUUUGCUCACUGAAAUAGAAAGUCGAGAAGAUCCUGCACUGCCUGUUCCCCUCAGUCCUAAACAAUGGCAGCAGGAUUUGCUCACUGAAAUAGAAAGUCGAGAAGAGCGUACACUGCCUGUUCCACCCAGUCCUAAACAAUGGCAGCAGGAUCUGCUCACUGAAAUAGAAAGUCGAGAAGAUCGUCCACUGCCUGUUACCCCCAGUCCGGGACGUUUGAGUCAGGAUCUGCUCACCGAACUAGAAAGUCGAGAAGAUCCUGCACUGCCUGUUCGCCCCAGUCCGGGACGUUUGAGUCAGGAUUUGCUCACUGAAAUAGAAAGUCGAGAAGAGCGUACACUGCCUGUUCCCCCCAGUCCUAAAAAAUGGCAGCAGGAUUUGCUCACUGAAAUAGAAAGUCGAGAAGAUCCUGCACCCAGUCCGGGACGUUUGAGUCAGGAUUGGCUCACUGAACUAGAAAGCAAGGAGAAGGACCCCUUGAGCUCCCAUGUGACCACCACAGUAACUGAGUACAGUCGAGAAGAACCUGCACUGCCUGUUCCCCCCAGUCCGGGACGUUUAAGUCAGGAUCUGCUCACUGAACUAGAAAGCAAAGAGAAGGACCCCCUGAGCUCCCAUGUGACCACCACAGUAACUGAGUACAGCAAGAAGAAGGACCCCCUGAGCUCCUAUGGGACCACCACAGUAACUGAGUACAGCAAGGAGAAGGACCCCCUGAGCUCCUAUGGGACCACCACAGUAACUGAGUACAGCAAAGAGAAGGACCCCCUGAGCUCCCAUGUGACCACCACAGUAACUGAGUACAGCAAGGAGAAGGACCCCCUGAGCUCCUAUGGGACCACCACAGUAACUGAGUACAGCAAGGAGAAGGACCCCCUGAGCUCCUAUGGGACCACCACAGUAACUGAGUACAGCAAGGAGAAGGACCCCCUGAGCUCCUAUGGGACCACCAAAGUGACUGAGUACAGUCGAGAAGAACCUGCACUGCCUGCUCCCCGCAGUCCUAAACGUUGGAGUAAGGAUCGGCUCACUGAACUAGAAAGCCCCACAAAGACUCACUCCGAUGUUACUGUAACCACUGAAACUGUAACCACCAGUAUUGACAGUGAGGAGAAGGACCCAUUGAGCUCCCGUUCGACCACCACAGUGACUAAGUUCAGCUCGGCUGAUGCGUAUGAUCCGUAUCCGAUAGGGACCACAUCCCGAAACAGCUCCUCUGACCUGCUGAAGCCCAUCUCAGAUCUUUCCAUCAACAGUUCGUCGACCUCUUUCACGGAGAAGAAAGAUCCAGAGAUCAUGAUGAGCGGUAAGGCCACGGUGUCUUUUGCUGAUGACAUCACCCCCUUUGACACCCAUGCCACAAGCCUCAGCACUCACCGGUCGUGGGCGCGCAAGUGGGAAACCACAAGCCCUCUGCAGACCCACAUAGAGGAGAGCAGAGAGGAUCUAGCCGAAGCCGGAGAGGAGGAUCAGCAGACUUUGGUUACGUUUGAGAGGAAGUCCAAAGAAGAUGACUCUCCAUGGGACAAGUGGACGUCUCCAUCUGUGUAUACUCUCACAAGCACCACAGAGGAGGAAGAGGAAGAGGAGAGCCUGGAGGACUCACAAGUACACACAGUCACAACCAUCACCACCAUCAGGGACUCCUAUGGAAGACAGGAGGAGUACGGGAUGAAUCGGACCAGGCUACAAGAAGUCGCACGCACCCCCUCACCAGAUCCUGAAAGCAAGAAGCCCUUUGUGUACCUGAAGGAGUACAUCAAUACCACAGAGCUGUCCUCCCAUAACGCCUCAGACUCAAACAAUAGCUGGUCGUCCUCUUACUCCAGCUCGCCCUCUACCCCCUGCACAUACUGUGGUCAGCUGGUCACCAACGAUGCCAAGAUCACCAUCGAGCACCUUAAUAUUAACUGCCACCCGAGCUGCUUCAAGUGCUACUCCUGCCACAAGCCGAUGGGAGACCUGGUCUACAACAUGUUCCUGCACGGAGGCAAAGUCCACUGUGAAAGCUGCUACUCCGCAGCUCUCGAUUGAUCGCAGCAGCCUUCUCCAUUUGCAUUUGAAGUGCAAAGCGGUCUCCUUCCAGCGCCAGUGUGGACCGCUUUGAACGUAAGAGCGACGGAGGUUCAGGGUGACCCAAGAGACUGUAACAGUGAGCAAUAAAAAUAAUUGCUUUUUUUUAUUUUUUAUUAUUAUUAUUAUUCCUUUUAUGCAGGACAGGAUUUGAAUUUGUCAACAUGUUUGUGUUCUUCUUCCUGCUGGUGUAAGCGCUACCUGUCCGUGUCAUUUAAGGAUGUGUCUGCGGUGCACAUUGUGUAUACAGUCAAGCCCAAAAUGGUUCAUACUCUGCAUUAUUUUAUUUUUUUGAUGAUGACAUAUUUUCAGCUGAAUAUGACACAUGGAAGUGACCCAAAACUGUAAACUCCAUUUUAUUUAUGUCAAAUGUUCCAAAUGCAUACAGGAGGGAAGGGGUUUAUACGACCCCAUUCCUGGGUAGAUCUCACGUGAGAGGAAGAGGAAGGUUAAUCAUUUUACAAUGCGGUCUGCUGAAAAUGAUGGAAAGUGCCUCUAUAUACACAGCUAAUGGUGCUGUGGUCAAAUUUGGAAUUGCCACAAAACACAUUUUAAGACGCUCAACACUCUACUGUAAAGUGGAUGAUUUGUCACGUUUCAUGUGUCAGGUAAACUGCGACGUAUGAAUCCCCUUCCUACUGCAGUUGAUUAGAAUGUUUUUUCAUCAGCCUCUAAGGCAGGGGUCCCCAAACUAUGGCCCGCGGGCCGGAUCUGGCCAAUUUUAUUUACUAUUAUUUUUUUAAAUCUGUCCUUUCUAAUCCAUUUUCUACUGUUUGUUAUUCUCGGUGUCUCCUAGCCGCUCAGGCAAAUCAUAUAGUCUAAAAAUGCAUUUUCCCAUCGAUAACGUGACUUCAUCGCGCUCGGA